CGGCCCCCACACACCAGAGAGAGAGAGACAGAGAGAAGGUAUCACUGCGACUCUCACCAGCGGCGCUCCUCGUGUGCUCUCAAAACCCUAGCGCGAUUCUGCUUCCCUUCUCCUCGAUCGCAUCCCUUUUCCCUUGGUCUUCAUCUGCUUGCUUGAUUUCUAGGGUUUAGAUCUAACUGGUCAACCCUGGCGAGGUUCCGGGGAGGGUGAUGGCGAAUCCGCCAGGGUUUGCUGUUUUUGUUGAGGAAUUGAGACGACGUGAAGGGUUUCUUCGUGGUUUAGGGUUUGGGAUUGGGAGAGAAAGACGAGAGUGGAGGGAAGUAUGCUGAGCGUGCUGAGAGUUCAUCUGCCGUCCGAGAUCCCCAUCGUUGGCUGCGAGAUCACGCCCUACGUUCUCGUCAGGCGCCCCGACGGCAACGUCUCGAACGAUGAUGUUCCUGAGUCGGCCCCUCUCAAUGGCCGCCAUAUGAGGUUUCGCUGGUAUCGCAGCCAAAGCGAUAAAAAACUUACUAUCUGCAGUGUGCAUCCAACUGUACAGGCGACGAUACAGUGUCUAGGCUGUGUCAAGGCAAAAAUACCCAUUAACAAAAGCUACCAUUGCUCCCCAAGGUGCUUUUCAGAUUCUUGGCAGCACCAUCGUGCCCUGCAUGAUCGAGCAAGCAGUGCUGUUAAUGAAAGUGGCGCUGAGGAUGAAGAGUUGUUUGGAAAGGUUAGUGGCAGUGGAUCGGGAGGGCAAAGCACAAGCUUGAUUCAUGGUCCAGUGCCUUCAUUCCCUGCAGCCAGUGCAGAAAGGAGUGGAGGUGAAUCCUGGUUUGAGGUUGGACGUUCCAGAUCAUAUACUCCAACAACAGAUGACAUUGGUCAUGUCCUAAAGUUCGAGUGCGUAGUGGUAGAUGUAGAAACAAAGAAUUCUGUUGGUGCUGCAAAUACUGUAUUCACUGCACGUGUGAUUCCUGCUCCUUCUCCAGCCCCAAGGCGCAUGAUUCCAGUGAAUGAUAGUAUGCAGCUAAAUGCUGUUGGAUCUUUUAAUGUGCUUUCGUACAACAUUCUUGCUGACUCCAAUGCGACCAGUGAAUUAUAUGGCUAUUGCCCAACAUGGGCCCUUUCAUGGCCAUACCGAAGACAGAAUUUAUUGCGUGAAAUUGUUGGUUACCAUGCUGAUAUUGUUUGCCUUCAAGAGGUUCAAAAUGAUCAUUUUGAGGAGUUCUUUGCACCUGAGCUUGAUAAACAUGGAUAUCAAGCAUUGUACAAGAAGAAAACUUCCGAGGUUUAUGGUGGAAAUUCUCGUGCAGUUGAUGGCUGUGCAACUUUCUUUCGCAAGGACAGGUUUUCACAUGUCAAAAAAUAUGAGGUUGAAUUUAAUAAGGCUGCACAGUCCCUGACUGAUGCGGUGAUUUCAGCUAACCAGAAGAAAGGUGCUUUAAAUAGGUUGAUCAAGGAUAAUGUUGCCUUAAUUGUUGUCCUUGAAGCAAAGUUUACCAACCAUGGUGCUGAUAAUCCUGGAAAAAGGCAACUUCUUUGUGUGGCAAAUACUCAUGUGAAUGUCCCUCAUGAUUGCAAAGAUGUUAAGCUCUGGCAGGUACAUACACUUUUAAAAGGAUUGGAAAAAAUAGCUGCCAGUGCAGACAUCCCCAUGUUGGUGUGUGGGGAUUUUAAUUCAACACCUAAUAGUGCUCCCCAUACACUUCUCUCAAUUGGCAAGGUUGAUCCAGCACAUCCUGAUUUGGUAGUAGAUCCAUAUGGGAUACUGCGGCCUAACAGCAAGUUAUCUCACAAUCUUGUCCUGGUUAGUGCAUACUCAUCGUUUGCAAGAACAAAGGGUAUUGGUCUUCAGGCAGAGCAAAGGAGGAGAGUGGAUCCCAUGUCUAAUGAACCGCUUUUUACAAAAUAUACUAGGGAUUAUAUUGGAACUGUUGAUUACAUAUUUUACACUGCGGACUCAUUAACAGUUGAAGCACUUUUGGAGUUAUUGGAUGAGGAGAGCUUGAUGAAAGAAACAGCUCUUCCAUCCCCAGAGUGGUCAUCUGACCAUGUUGCACUUAGGGCCGAAUUUAGAUGCACCCAGAGAAGCAGACGUUGAUGGCUGAGGGAUGUCGAGAAUGUCAUCAGACAAAAGUUUGUGCAGGCAAAGCAUAAUACGGUCCAGCUCACAACCGGAGAUGUCUUGCCUGGGGGUUUGUUAAUCCUUGCUUGUAUCAUGUUUUAGUGUCUCAUAGAUAGUCAUGCUCAAUAUCUUC